CAGCAGCAACCUCGGUUCCUCCCCUUCCAUUCUUCAACCGCUCAAAUCCCCAAGACCCCUUUUCCUCACAAUCUCAAAAACCCUUAGUCGAAUUUCCGGAACCCAAGCUAAACCACCCCAAAAGAAAACAUCCACGGAUGGUCCCAAAAUACCCACCCGCAGAAACCCCAGAAGAUCCAAAUAUGGUACCUCUAGGAAGUCAAUUCUCAAGAAAACAUUAAGCCAAGAACAGGUGAUGUUCACGGCUCCGGUCUCCGAUGACCCGGUUGUCGGGAUUAUUGGUGGAGGGAUCUCAGGUCUGGUUUGCGCCCUCUACUUGGAGAAAAGAGGGAUUCGGUCCACUGUGUUCGACACGGUUGGUCAGUUUUUUCGGUUUGAUUGUUUGAAUGGGAAUUCAUGA